CUGAACAACCAUCAUGGCCAAUGCCAAGUCUGAACAGGACCACCACCAUCAGCCGUAGCUUCAGCCUCCCUCGCCGAACCAGUCGCAGGAUUUGCUUACCUCAUCAACCAUGCACUACGACCGCAGGAUGCUUUCAUGAGCCUGGCUGCCCGGAUUUAUGGGAGCGGCUGGGAAGAGGGACAACCUGGAACAGCAGUCGCCUUGCUGUGGUUGGAUGUUGGCACUUCCUCUCCUUUCGCCAGGCACUGGUGAAGCCACUUGACGACAUCAACACUCUCCUCUUGUCAAUAAGUUACUGCAAGAACAACAGGAACAGAAUUUGGAAAUGGAAGAGCCAGCUGGGAUCCCGGAGAAGACUGGGCAAGCGGGGACGGGCGCCGGGUCCGGCCCGGAGUUAUCCUCGACAGCAGCACAGAAGAAGAGAAGUCGCAUCCGCUUCUCUUGCACAACCUGCAGGGACAAGAAAUUGAAAUGUGACCGCCAAACCCCAUGCGACCAGUGCAUGAAGCGAGGGAUAGAGGCUACUUGUGAAUUCAUCCCCUAUGUCACUGGCGGGUCCCGCCCCGGACCGGCUCUUCCUGCGCGUCAUCACCCAAGAGACGCCACGAAUCCUGCUACGACGACAGCACCUGCACCUAACAGCCACCGCUCCAAGCCCGCUGCCAACGACUCGGCCGUGCAUGCCCGGCUCCGACACCUUGAGCACCUCGUCCAGGUUCUCAAAGCCCAACGCCGUGAAGCAGUCCCUGUUGAAUCAACCGCCGGUGUGGCCGCCGACUUUGGUGACGAUUUCCAGGAGGAUGACCUUCCCCGCAUAUCAGCCCGCGUCAGAGAGACGGCUGGAAUGAUUUUGAGCGAUUUGCGUUACGUUGAUGCCUCCCACUGGGAAUCUAUCCUCAGCGAUGUUCUAAGUAUCACCGGAAGUCUGGACAGACCUGAAGAUGUGUUCCAGGACGAUGAUGACCCCAUUGUUCCGCCCAAACCUGAGCGUCAAGGACAACCCGACUUGUUGUUGGGCGGCUGGCCAAGGCUCUCUGUCGAAGAGUUGAUUCGCUAUCUGCCUCCUCGUGCUAUUGCUGACCGACUGCUUGCCCGUCUAUUCCAGGCCAAAGAACCGGGAUGGAUCAUGUUCCACAUGCCCAGUCUUCUCAGGCACUACGAAGCCUUUUGGGAGUACCCCGCCGCCAUGACUUACACCGAGCUCGCCCUUCUCUUUGCCAUGUUCUGCAAUGCCUCGUUGUACUAUAUGAAGAGUGGCGAAGAGCUGCCCGGCAGACUCGGCGAUGCUGGUGCGGCGUACAGGAUCUACAAGGCCCGGUGUGCCCAGUGUCUGGUUUUGGGUGACUACACCAAGCCCUGGCGCUACAAGCUGGAAGCCAUGAUUCUUUACUUUGGGUCGGAAUAUCUCGGCCAACAAGACGCACAUAUCAACGUCUCGGUCAUACUGUCCAUUAUCGUCCGCCUUGCCAUGCACAUGGGCCUGCACCGCGACCCGAAGCACUAUCCAGACAUGUCCCCAUUCGAGGGGGAAAUGCGCCGGCGGCUGUGGACCGUGUUGAGAGACGUGGAUAUUCUGAUUGGUUUUCAGUUUGGUCUGCCAGGCAACAUACCAAACGACUUGUACGACACAGCCCUUCCGCGAAACCUUCACGACGAGGACUUUGACGAGAACACCUUGGAGCUGCCCCCAUCACGACCAGAAACAGAGAAAACGGUGACGUUGUGGUGCAUCAUGAAGGGCCGCAUCGUCAAUGUCUUUUCCGAAAUCACCACGGCCAUGAGCUCGCGAAAGGCGCCGGGGCUUUCCGACAUUAUGCGCAUGGAUCGAAAGAUUGACGAGCUCGCGACGCAGUUCCCGCCCAGCCUCCGCUAUCGACCUUUCAGCCAGUCGGUAGUGGACCCGGUAGACAUUAUCAUGCAACGGUACCAGCUCGAGCUGCUGUUUCUCAAGUGCCGCAUCGUCCUGCACCGGCGGUACAUGGGUUACGCCCGCAAAGACAAGCGGUACGAGCACUCUCGGCGUGUCUGUCUCGAAGCUGCGACCAAGACGCUCCGUCAUCAGUACGACGUUCAUUGCGAGCUUCAGAUGGGUGGCCGCUUGUCGCACGAGCGCAGCCAUUGGUUCUUGAGCAGUUUGAGCACCCACAACUUUCUUUUGGCGGAUAUGAUCCUCUGUCUAGAGCUGUGGUUUCUCAAAGCCAGGGAAGGGCGGAGCCCUCCGGCCGUUGAGCAGUCUCCCGAGAUGAUCAUGACGAAGGACCAGAUUCUGGAUAUCUUGCGGACAUCACGGCUGAUUUGGCAAGGGAGGCGAAAGGAGUCGGCCGAGGCCAACAAGGCGUUCAAUAUUCUCACAAAAAUGCUGUCUUUGUCCACGGGCGAGAGCCUUGAUGGGAGCCCGGAGUCGAGUAACAAUAGCGCAUACGACAGGCUUGAGACUUCUUCGUAUCCGGCAGUGCCAGUUAUGACGUUUGCUGGUCUGGAGACGGGGCUGCAUCCAGCGCCGGGGCUCGGGUCGCAAGCUCCGCAAACGAUAGUUCCCACGGGGUGGGCACCUGUUGCCGGAGGCGAGUUGCCGCUGGACGGGCAGGUGGCUGUCACUUGGGGACAUGGAUUCCAGCAAGACCUUCCAAAUUUGGGACAUGUGGAUGGGCUGAUGGAUCCGAAUUUGGGGGGUGAUUGGACACUCUGGGACAAUCAAAUCUUGAACUCCAGCGAUGGGGUACCACAGAUAGCAUGGGAUACGUUUUUUCAAGCAGGAGGAUAUGGGCUUUGAGUAUUUGCUUUGCAUCGUUGACAUCAUCAACUAUUUUACUGUUUCUUCAUCGCUGUGUUGCCAGAUGGCUGUCAUGCUCCCUCCAUUGUUCUUAAAUCACCUCAACAGAAAGGAAAGUGCAACAAAUGGCAAGUACAAGUGCCAUAAGGUGUCUGACGAUGGUGCUCGCGUGGAGUGGACCUUUUUAAAGUUUGAUGGCUGCCUGCUGCUUCGAGUAGAGAAGGAAGGAGCCUGGGCAGUGUCUCCCGUCGGGCAGUCUGUGGAUUUGAUUUGAAAAUGUAAGAAUCAUGACCACCCCUUACGGGAAUGCAGGAGCAACAGUGGUACCCUGAUAUGGAAACAUUACCCGCCUUUUCAAUCAUGUAACGAGUUACUUCCGCCCCCGGGUCAUUGAAUGCUGGGAAACUGGAGACCAGGCAAGCUGGAGCCGGGACCAGCGUCAAACAAGACCGAGUGGAAUGAAUUACCCGGGCUGACUUCCAGACUUCGAUUGCAAUUUUCACCUUCCGUCUCUUCCUUCAAGUGUUGGUGACUGAAUGACCCCCGAGGAACGGCGUAGACAGCUAAGGAAGGAACCAGCUGCGAGGAUGACAGAGCAAGCUACGCUCACGAGCCCGGAAUCGUGUCAACCUCCCGAUUCAAGAAAUCCACAGUCAACACCUUCGCCCCUGUUUUUCCAUGACUUUUAUUGGAUUUCAAUACAUGUUCAAAACGGCUUUAGGCCUGUCAACUAUCGUUUCAUGCCUCUUGGCUAUGAUUUAAGGCCUAUAAAUGUGACAAUAAGACAUUUGAGAGAUGGUAAGAGGCGUUAAAACAUAUUGAAUAGCCCUCAAAAGAUA